AUGACAGAAUCAACAUUAAUUUCAACAGAAAUAAAUUCAGAUUUAUUCAAAGAUAUUAAAAAGAUUAGAUAUGAUGUUUUUGUAAUUGAACAAGAAUGUCCAGAAGAAGAGGAAUGGGAUGAAUAUGAUGAAAAAGCAAAACAUCUUUUAUUAAAGAUUAAUGGUGAUUCAGUUGGAUGUGCAAGAUGGAGAAAGAUUUAUUAUCCAGAUUAUCAAGGUAAUAUGGAUUGUGAUGUUAUAAAGAUGGAAAGAUUCGCAGUAUUAAAACAAUUUAGAGGUAAAAACUAUGGUAAAGAAUUGGUUAAAAAAGUAGUUCAAGAAAUUUACCAAAAAACAAACAUUGAACAAAACACUGAUUAUCCAUUAUUCAUGAUUAAUGCUCAACAAUAUGUUGAAAAAUUUUAUCAAUCACUUGGUUUUGAAACUGAUAAAAAUAUUCCAAUCUUUUAUGAAGCUGGUAUUCCACAUGUCCGUAUGAUCAUUCCAAAAGAUACUAUAAAAAAUUUAUAUUUUUCAAAUUAA